ACCAUUUGGGAAAAUCGGAGAAAACCCGGAUUCAAAGCAUUUCCGAUUGCACUCAAAGUUAUCUCUUUCUUCUUCUCUGUCCUUAGAUCCAAUAAUACUUGCAAGCGUUAUCAGAAACCAGAUCUCUUCCUCAUCAAUACGAUCUCUUUUAUAUGCUGUAAAUCCUAAAACACGAUGGGAGCAUUCAUGUCGAGAUUCUGGUUCAUGAUGUUCCCGGCGAAAGAGUACAAAAUUGUUGUUGUUGGCUUAGAUAAUGCUGGAAAGACCACAACCCUCUAUAAAUUGCACCUCGGUGAAGUUGUUACAACACAUCCCACGGUUGGCAGCAAUGUGGAGGAACUUGUUUACAAGAACAUACGUUUUGAGGUUUGGGAUCUUGGAGGGCAAGACAGGCUUAGGACAUCAUGGGCAACCUACUACAGUGGAACCCAUGCAAUAAUUGCGGUUAUAGACAGCACAGAUAGAGCAAGGAUUGGUAUAAUGAAGAACGAGCUGUUGGGGCUUCUACCCCACGAUGAUCUUCAAAGUGCUGUUAUACUUGUGUUUGCAAACAAACAGGACCUUAAAGACGCAAUGACGCCUGCAGAGGUUACAGAUGCUCUUUCCCUCCACAGCAUUAAGGACCAUGAUUGGCAUAUUCAAGCUUGCUCUGCCUUAUCAGGAGAAGGCCUAUAUGAUGGUUUGGGUUGGAUCGCCUCUAAAGUCACGGGUAAAGCUUCAAGUUAGAAAAAAUAAAUCAAAGAACUUUUCGGUUUUUGGUUCAUCCCCAAUUCUGGGCUCUAUAUCUUUUGGAUUGUGUGAAAUUUUAGUUACUUGGUGAGGGAAUCUUCACUCUUCAAUUGUAUGUCAACUUCUUUUACCUUUAUAUUCCUUUGAUAAUAUAGAGUUGUGACAAGUAUAUUAUGCUUUCUUCAUUUAUGCAUAAGUCUAUAUUUUGUUUGAUUA